UCAAUUUAAUAUCGACUCGCGUGCGAUCACGUCGUGCUUUCUCAAUUUCAACACGCGAUCCGCGCACGGGCACCUGUUUAUAUUUUCCCGAAAAAUUUGGGAAAAACUGGGACGACAUGCCAAACUAACUAAUGAUUUAGGGAUUUGGGUUUAAAAAACCUCACAUGAAGUGAAAAACUUUCAUCAGCAAUAGUUUUUUUUUCUGAACAAAUCCUUGCAAGUGAAAAUUUGUGACAGGAAGAAUUUUUUUUUAAUAGAAAAAAGUUUAAUAGAGGAUUGACGUCGGAAGCGGAAACAUGCAUCAGAGAUAUAAACCGAAUUGCGGUAGCAGUCAGCGGAAAUUCAUUGGUUGCUGAAGCAUGUGGUGGGUUACCGUCACUCUUCUUUGGUGGUGCGGUACUGCGGCCAUUCCAUCACCAGGGUCGGACCAAUGGAUAUGCCCAGAAAUCUUUCAACAACCCUUAGUGGAAUGUAGCUGUGAUAUGCCGCAUACUCUAAGAUGCACUGGAGAUGGUACUGCUUUAACUAUUAUCACUAAAAAGCUUCAAUCCCUAAAAGCUGCGUCUAUAUCACUUUUGGAUUGUACCGUGGACAAUGUUACCGAACUUACGGGACCUCUGCUUGAGGGAGUAUCUCUGCAUGGACUAGUAAUCUCUUCCGGAGAAAUGAAAUUAGUGAAUCCCACAGCUUUUAAAGGUCUGGCUUCUCCUUUACAAGCUCUUGGACUUCCAAACAAUCAACUAACCGCAGUACCAACGGCAGCUCUUAAAAGCUUACCAGAGCUAGAUAGAUUGGACUUGUCUGGAAAUCGAUUAAAAAUUCUGGAUGGAGGAAGCUUCAAGGGUCUAAGAAAUUUAUCAUUUAUCGAUCUAAGUGACAAUGCUAUAACAAAAAUAUCACCAAAUGCACUGGAUAACCUUCCGCAACUUAAAAUAUUACGACUCCGACGUAAUCGUUUGUCAUUAGCAGCUAUAGCCAAACUAAACCCUCAACCAACUAUAGAAGAGCUGGACUUAUCUGAAAAUCUCUUGGUCGGACCAUUAGGAUCAAAAACCUUUCCCAAAAUGGAAUGUUUAAAAGAUCUUCAACUAUCUCAUAACUCCUUAAGCAGCAUUAAAAUGGGAGCCCUGCAAGGCACAUUAAAUCUAACAACAUUAAGAAUCCAACAUAAUUUGAUUGAUGUAAUUGAAGACCAUGCUUUCAUUCACUUGACUACGUUGGUAACACUGGAUUUGGCUCAUAACAGGAUUGUCGCUGUAUCCGGAGCAUCUUUAGCUCAUCUAAGUCUUCUCACGGAAUUGGAUUUAAGACAUAACUUUUUACGUGCCUUAACAGCUGACUUGAUACAACCUCUUAAAUCUUUAAAAGUUUUAAGACUAGAUGACAAUGAUAUUUCUAUAAUUGCUAGUGAUGCUUUAAAGCCAAAUACUAUAUUAAAGCACUUAACUUUGCUAGAAAAUCCAUUGAAUUGCGACUGUAGCUUGAUAGAAUUUGGUAUUUGGUUAACAAACUCCUCUAUACCCACUGAAGAUAAGGCUACAGCCGUAUGCACUACACCUCCAUCUUUAGAAAAUGGUUUGUUAAUUCAGAUUUCAACAGAUUCCUUAUUAUGUGGUGAAGAAGACCAGGACACAAUGGUCAUGGCUCCCUUAUCGUCAACCCCAUACAAAACUAAGGUGAAUUUAAAAGAUAUCCAAUAUGAUGGUAAAGAGAUUCGAUUAGUUUGGCAUGUAGAAGAUGAAGCUAUACCUUAUAGCUGCGAUACAGUAUUUAUUUAUGAAGAAGAUGGGGCUAAUGAAGUUUUAAUUGAAUCUUUCCCGUUUAAGUGUAAUUCAACUAACAUGGUGGACCCUAGCAGUUUGGAGGUGACUAUGCCAAUCUCGCUACAGAUUCACCACAAUUAUCGCUACUGUGUAGCACUUUUCGGUGCCAAUAGUUUGGAUGAUGUAUCGCUUAUCCUGGGUUGCUCUGAUAUGCUGCCUUUGGUGCAGAAUCCUGUUAUAACUCAAAACAGCUUUAUCGGUCAAGUACCAAAUGUAGCUUCCAUACAAGCUAAUCUCUCAAGCGCAGGCAGAUUGUCUUUAGAAAUUUUGAUAUAUCCUGACGUCAUAACUUGUGAACUAAAUGUAGUAAUUUUGGAUCAAAGUACUCUACUAUCUCAAAAAAAAUUACCUUGUGAUCAACCGAAAUAUACAUUUAUAGACUUGACUAGUGGUCCUUAUAGAGUCUGUGCGAAUGUGGUACUGGAUCAGUCCAAACCCAAGUGCGUGACAGUUUUUAGGAAAGAAUCUCCUAAAUUUACUAUGUUAGAUAUUGCUUUUGUCACGAUAUUUUCCAUAUUGUGCAUUAUGAUAAUAGGGCUUAUAUGGUGCGUAAGGAAGAUACUUUUAAAGCCAAAAUUGCAGACUCAUCAGUGUUUUUUGCCCCCGGAGUGCGAGGAGGAAGUGCAACACAAUCGGUACGUCAAAUUACAAGCUACGACAAAAUUAUAAUACUAACCCUGCUAUGGAUAGAGUGAGUUUAAGUGCCAUAAGCUUGAGAUGUAUUUACGUAUUAAUUACUAAUAAAGAGCGUGUUUAUAACAUCAUUUUUUGCAAAAAGGUUUAUAAAUUAUAAUCUUUGGGCAAAUAUAAACGCAAAUAGAAUUAAUUGUUUUAAGUUUAUUGGGUAAAAACACUGUUUGGUGAUUAUCUUCCUUAAAAGACUUGUUUUUUUAUUACCAAUUAUUUGUCAUUUAUUCAUGCAAUACGAAUUGACUUAAAUAAGCUUUACUUAAUUUGUAAAAGUUCGUUUUAGAACUUUUUUUAGUAAUUUCUAAUGUUCAUAUGUUUA